AUCAGUCAGUCUGUCCAACCUAAGCAGCAAUGGCAGCCGUAGCGGUCGCUCAACCUCAAGCGCAGCAAGAAAAUCCUAGAGAGAAGGCUCUCCAGGAUUAUAGAAAGAAACUUUUAGAACAUAAAGAAAUUGAAGGGCGUCUGAAAGAAAUGAGAGAACAGUUAAAAGAAUUCAAUAAAUUGUAUGAGAAAUCUGAAAAUGAUCUGAAAGCUUUGCAGAGUGUUGGACAGAUUGUUGGAGAAGUUUUAAAGCAGUUAACAGAAGAAAAAUUUAUUGUGAAAGCUACAAAUGGUCCUCGCUAUGUGGUAGGAUGUCGUAGACAGCUGGACAAAACAAAGUUGAAAUCUGGUACACGUGUUGCUUUGGAUAUGACCACAUUAACAAUUAUGAGAUAUCUUCCCAGAGAAGUUGAUCCUCUUGUUUAUAAUAUGUCUCAUGAAGAUCCUGGUGACAUAUCUUAUUCCAUGAUUGGAGGUUUGGGGGAACAAAUCCGAGAACUUAGAGAAGUGAUUGAAUUACCACUAUUAAAUCCUGAACUCUUUCAACGAGUUGGCAUAACACCACCAAAAGGUUGUCUACUUUAUGGGCCUCCAGGUACUGGUAAAACGCUUUUAGCGAGGGCUGUUGCCAGCCAAAUAGAAGCAAACUUUCUAAAAGUUGUAUCCAGUGCUAUUGUUGACAAAUACAUUGGAGAAAGUGCCCGUCUUAUACGAGAAAUGUUUAAUUAUGCUCGUGAUCAUCAGCCUUGUGUAAUAUUUAUGGAUGAAAUCGAUGCUAUAGGUGGUCGUAGAUUCUCUGAAGGUACUUCAGCUGACAGAGAAAUUCAAAGAACGCUGAUGGAGCUUUUAAAUCAAAUGGAUGGUUUUGAUUCCCUUGGUCAAGUUAAAAUAAUUAUGGCAACCAACAGACCUGAUACUCUGGAUCCUGCUCUUCUUCGUCCAGGUCGACUUGAUCGUAAAAUAGAAAUUCCUCUUCCAAAUGAGCAGGCUAGAUUAGAAAUUUGUAAAAUACAUGCUGCACCAAUUACCAAACAUGGAGAAAUAGAUUGGGAGGCAGUUGUAAAACUUUCUGAUGGUUUUAACGGUGCAGAUUUGAGGAAUGUUUGUACUGAAGCAGGUAUGUUUGCAAUUCGAGCAGAUAGAGAAUUUGUUGUAGAAGAAGAUUUCAUGAAAGCUGUCCGUAAAGUGGCAGAUAAUAAAAAGCUCGAAUCGAAACUUGACUAUAAACCUGUGUAAAUAUUUUAUACCAUUUUGUUUCCUUUUCAUGAAUAAAUAUGUUUACAAAAAGAA